AUGUUCCCAUGCAGGUCAUCUAUAUCGCAUGUGCUUAUGCCACGGUUUACCUGAUAUACGUGAAGUUCAAGGCCACGUAUGAUGGCAACCACGACACGUUCAGAGCAGAGUUCCUGGUUGUUCCAGUCGGCGGCCUGGCCUUCCUCGUCAACCAUGACUUCUCUCCUUUGGAGAUCAUGUGGACGUUCUCCAUCUACCUGGAGUCCGUGUCCAUCCUCCCACAACUGUUCAUGAUCAGCAAGACCGGAGAAGCCGAGACCAUCACCACUCACUACCUGUUCUUCCUCGGCCUCUAUCGCGCCCUGUAUCUCAUCAACUGGAUCUGGCGCUUCUACUUCGAAGGCUUCUUCGACAUGAUCGCCAUCGUGGCAGGCAUCGUUCAGACAAUCCUGUACUGCGAUUUCUUUUAUCUCUACGUAACAAAAGUGUUGAAAGGAAAGAAGCUGAGUCUGCCAGCUUAAGUCUGAAAGAGCGCGGCGCACGGGACGCAGAGGACGAGUAAGAUGCCUGAGACGGAGUACGAAAGAAGAGAUCCAGUCCUGUUCACAUCAGGUGCUCCGGAACAGCUCUGGAUUCAAGAUUCAGAACCACAGCUUCAACCAAGUCUUCGGAUUCCUGUUUUAUGCAUCUUGUCUUACCCUUUUUUAUUAUUCUGUAUCAAAGAAAAAGUUUUCUACAUGAAACGUGUGCUAUGAUUUGACCGACGGCAUCAUAAACGAGCUGAACGUUGCCUCGGUGCUAACAGGCAGGGACUGAUUCUUAUGAUGAGUAUUGAUUUUGUUUGUAAGAGUAUUUUCAAUCUGAUUAAAUGUACGUUUUCAAAAAGAUUAUGGGAGUAUUUGUAGCUCCAUGGGGUAAAAUUGAAUAAUAAAAAAAAAAAAGUUUUUGCUCAGAUUCUUAUUGCAAUAAUCCUUUGUUAAAAAAGGUCGGUCAUAAUAUAGUGGUUCCCCAAACCUCUUGUUUAAUUAGGUUCAAAUGAUGCAAUCUCAAUGUUUGCAAGAUGGAAAUUUCAAAUUUGUACUUAAAGCUGAACUGUUGGGAACCGUGCCAUUGUCUGUCAGCGUACAGUAUUGACACUGCCUUUAUCACUGUAAAUGGCUUCAUAAAGAACCAAAAAUAAAUUGUACAAAUGCUCUCACA